UAAGUCUCUCAUGCAUGCAUCCUGCGACACUAUGACGUGGCCAAUCGUGAACGACGACUCAUUUAGCGUUCUCAACAACAUGGCAGCGCCCUGGCGAAGCUAAAUUUAGCAGGAAGAGUAUCGACGGUCACGGUGUUUUAAAAGGUUGGCGGUCAACAAUGGCCGAGUCUGACUCGUCGGAUUGUGAUAUAGGCCCUGCACUGCCUCCACACAUGAGGGCAGCGGGCAGAAAUGACAGAGCCACUGGUCCAAAGCAGAGCAGAGAGGACCCGGAUGAUGCCAUCGGUCCUGCUCUGCCUCCUCAUCUAAGGAGAUCACAAAACUCUGAGGACCCAACAUCAACAACUGAAGACACUAUAGGCCCAGCACUCCCACCAGCACCAGCAAUGAAAAAAUGCGAUGGGAGAACAAGUGAAUCAUCUGGUCAGCUAGGGCCAGCUUUACCUCCUCAAUUAAUCAAGACAAAGGACUCAAAAACUAGGGAUGAGGAACCCACCAAAGACACCCGCAAUCGGGAGGCAAGUGACGAAGAGGAUGCUGCGUAUGGACCAGCCUUGCCUCCGAGUUUUACGUCCUCCAAAGACCCUUCAGAUGAUCAGCGGACAGGUGCACUUGGUCCUGCCCUGCCUCCCGGAUUCCGGAAAGUGACUACUGAAGAUGAAAGUGAUGAUAGCAGUGAUUCGGAGGGCGAGAGUUCGGAUGAGGAACUGAUCGGUCCGAUGCUGCCAACUGCGGGUGACUCCUUACGUCAGCGGACAGUUGCUGAGGAGUUGGAGGCCAGGGCUGCGGCCAUGAAGGACAAGCUCACAAGAAAGGUUGAAGAGGUGGCCCCUUCCAGAGAUUCCUGGAUGACUGAACUCCCGGAAUUCUCCAAAAACUUUGGCCUGGGCACUCGGACAUUCCGCAAGAACGCGCGACCAGAUGAAAAGGACCGGUCAGGAUGGACAGACACCCCAGCAGACAGGGCCAGGAAGCAGCAGGAGAGAAUGGAGAAGGCAGCAGCUGAGAUGCGAGCUCCAUCCUCCUCCAAGGAGAAAAAGAAGAAGGAGAGGCGAGAGGAGAAGCAGUUAUCGGAGAGAGACAAGAGACUAGCCAAGGAGGUAGCCCAGCACAACCAGGCCGCACGGCCGGAGUCCCUCAUGGACAUGCACUCCAAAAGCAGAAAGCGCAAGUUGAAGGAGGAAGGAAUGACCGAGCAAGAGCGACGACCCUUUGACCGAGAGACGGACCUACAGGUCAACCGAUUUGACGAGGCCAGGCGGAAACAACUCUUGAAGAAGUCAGCCCAUCUUGGAGAUAAGUUCUCCCAUGGCAGUGAGAAGACGUACCUCUAGCAGAAAUGAGGUUAUUUUUUUAGGGGGCAGGGGGAGGAGAGGGCAUUGGGGAUUCAUUGCUGGUCUCUGUAUCACCUGGUCCAUCUUAACUUUGAGAACUUUUUUAUUUCUGCUGCUGAAGGAAUAGUCUAUGGAAUAUCCCCUUGCACAGCAAGAGUCUGUGAUAGGCGAGCAGAUUCGGCAAUGAAUUAUGCAACUAGACUGUAUCUUGACCUCGAGAUUCUGACCAUUCAGCGGGUGCCUUCUUUAUCGGGUCUUCGGAAACCCAUUUUGAAAGCC